AUGAAAUCACUUAUUAUAUUAGCUAUGCUCAUUCUCGCUACAAUGGUAUUUUCAGCACCACCACCACCACCACCGUCAGGAGCAGGUGCACCGCCUCCACCACCGUCAGGAUCAGGUGUACCACCACCACCACCAGCCGGCUCAGCACCAGUAACAUCAAUGCCACCACCACGACCACCUCCACAAGGUGGAAGUACACCUAAAACAAAUGGUGCAAAAUAA